ACCACACAGCUGCUGCACCAACUACACAGAGGAAGUGCUGGUGUGUUCUGCUCUCAGCAGUAUUCACAGUACUUCAUACGACGGAGCGGUACGAUGGGACCAGCAUCUCUUCACUGUCUGAUCUUCGUGGCCUCAGCGCUGUGCUGCACAACAGACCAAGCUCGUCUGACUGUGAGUCCCAGCAGCUCUCAGCUGUUUGAAGGAGACUCAGUGUCUCUGAGCUGUGAGGAGGACGACAGCUCUGCUGGAUGGACACUGAGGAGGAACACGACCAGAGACACCAGGACUCAGUGUGAAGACUGGGGAGAACCAGCUGGUUCUUCCUGUACCAUCAGUUACGUCAUCACACUGGACAGUGGUGUUUACUGGUGCCAGUCCACACAGGGAGCGACCAGUAACAGCAUCAACAUCACUGUCACUGGUGGAGCAGUGAUCCUGCAGAGUCCUGUCCUCCCUGUGAUGGAGGGACAUGAUGUCACUGUGCGCUGUGAAGCACGGAGCCCUCCCUCCAGCCUCCCAGCUGCUUUCUAUAAAGAUGGCUCCCUGAUCGGGGCGGAGCCUACAGGUCACAUGACCAUCCGCCGUGUUUCCAAGGCUGAUGAAGGCCUCUACACCUGUAACAUCAGUGGUCAUGGAGCGUCUCCACCCAGCUGGCUCUCUGUCACAGAUAAACUUACAACCACGACCACAUCCCCACAUCCUGCAACCACGACCACAACUCCAGCCACCUCUCCACUUCCCACUUCAGCUCCCCUCCAGCCUGCCUUCAGACUGGUCCUCCACCUGGUGGUGUUCUGUCCAUACUUCAUCUCCACUCUCCUCAUGGCGUCUCUAUAUCGACACCGACCAACAGGAAGUGACCUUCCCAUCUCCAUGGCAACAGCAGCAGCCCUCCAGGCUCAGCAGAGAUUGGCUAAGGACUAUGACGACGUCGUGGCGGUGACCACCGAGCAUCACUUCUGA